AUGUGGUUUUGUUUUGAAUUGGAAUUUUCAAAAUUGAAAUAUUUUGAGUUGGAUUAAGUUAAUAUAAGAGUUAGUCUCUCGUUCUCUCUUCUUUGUUUUUUACCUCAUUUUUUAUAAUAAACCCUAAAAUUUGGGAAGGUAAUUCGAUUCUCAUCAGAAACCUUGAUUUUGGCUAUUUGGGGAAGAUAAUAGUGCUUCAUCUGCUGCCGUCUCUUUGUCUCUCCUUCCGAUUAGUUUUCCUGCUCAUCUUAAGAGAGAAUUCAAUCAAUGCGUGAAAAGAGGUUACCGAUCCUUUCUAUGGAUGUCUCGUCGAAGAAGUGUAAGAAAAGAGGCAAAAGGACCUCAAGCCAUAAAAAGAAAUCUAAAAAAGAUCGUAAAAUUGAUCUCUUUUCGAACUUGCCUGAUUAUUUGCUUCAUCAAAUCCUUUCUCACCUUCACCCUAAAGAUGCUGCGCGGACUUGCAUUCUUUCCAAGAAAUGGAAGCAAAUAUGGACCUCAUAUAAUGUUUUGACUUUUGACGUGCGUCACUUUGGCUAUAGGAAGAAAGCUUUAAAGGAACAUUACAAGAAUGUGAUGGACCGGUUGCUUAGCAAGGAUGAAGACCAAAUUUUCAGUAUCCAGAAGUUUAGUUUGUGUUUUACUAAUGAUACAGGAUUAACAGUAUCUCAUAUAAAGGAUUUAAUUGUUGCUACUAUUGUAAGGAAUGUUAGGGAACUUGAAAUCCAACUCUUAUCUGAGGCGUUCUCUUUACCUUCGUGUGUCAUGUCUGGAAGUUCAAUUACCGCAUUGCACUUGUAUAAUUGCAUUUUACCUUCGUCUUUCAUAAAUCUUCCUCGUCUCCAGAACCUAUCACUUAAGAAUAUGACUAUAAGCCCAUUCAUGUUACAAAUAUUGAUCAAUGGUUGCCCUGUCAUUGAGGACUUGAGGUUAAUACAAUGUGCCGGAUUGAAAACACUGUUUAUCGGCCCCCUUGAUAGAUUGAGGAGAGUUGAUAUACACAAGUGCUGUUUACUUGGUGAAAUUGUAAUUGAAGCGCCGGGGCUUGAGACUUUCUGGUAUUACAGUGAUAAGAAGAGACUAUGUAAAAUGACCUUAUCAGCAUGCAUAGGUUUGAAGGAGCUUACACUGGACUAUCCCAGGAUGACUGAUUACAUGUUUCAUGAUCAAGUUAUGGGAUUCCAAAAGCUUGAGAAGUUGGUUCUUAGCAGCUGCAAUGGGCUAAAGAGAAUCCGCUUAUUUGGGAACAAUUGGAGGAAGUUAGUGAUUAGAAGGUGCCGGAAUUUGAAAGAGGUUCAAAUUGAUGCUCCAAACUUGACUUCACUUGAGUUUCAUGGUCAAAGGAUGCCAUUCUUCUUCCGUACUCGUCCAAGCUUAAAGGAACUACUGCUUGCUUCAUCAUCAAAAGCCGCAUGUAAUUGGGAUAUCUGGGGAGAUGAAGCAUGUUUUCUACACAAAUUCCUUGACUAUAUUGAUCACGACAAAGGCCUGAAAUCAAUGAGUCUGAACCAACAGGAUAUAGUCAUUUAUGAAGAUGUCAGGGCAAUGCUUCUUCCUUUGCGCCAUAUAACCAAGCCACAUUCAAUUCGAAUAUCUCCGUGCUUUCAGGAUUUGCUUGAUACUGCAUUAAAGGAAUCAUUUUGGUCACCAAAUCUAUCUAUAAUGUCCCAUUGCAGCAGUGACUUUCCAGAGUUCUAGAGAAAAGACCUAUAUGCUAUGUAUGGAUGGAAGGAAUGGAGGAAACGGAAUGAGAGAAAGAUAGGGAUGCCACUUUCUUCGUUUGGAUAUCUAAUAAAGUGGAGGGGAGAGAAAUGAAAGGAAGGGAAUUAGAAUUUCGACGGAACAAUUCCUUCACAUUUUUAUACUAAACAAAUCCUUUCAGUGUGAAGGAAAGUACAUUAAUCUUCUCUCCCCUCCCCUUCCCUUUCCUUUCUUACUUAAUAUGUUAUCCAAACACGUUCGUUGUGUGAUAAUUGAUAAUGGGCAAAAUAUUAAGUUUGCAGCUGAGGAGCAACUAGCAAGUAAUUAACAGUCUAUAAUGCUUGUUAAUUACUUUGUCAGCUGUAACUUUGCAAGGUGCAGAAAAAAAAAAAAUCAAGGUUGAAGUGUUGAUGAAAAUAAAAAAAUUUAAUCGCACUUUUGAAGUUUUACUCCUUCAUAAUGGAUCAGAGGAACUUGAUGUGUUGAUUCACUGCUCUAUUCUAAUGACUGACAGAUUAUAUACAAAGAAUUGAACAAAGGAAAAACAAAACCCCAGUGCUGCGGAUGCUUUGGGAACAAAUGUUGGCGACAUUACUUGAAGAAUAUAUCUGCUGAGAACUGGAUUUUUGAGUCGAGUGAGUGGUCUAAAGAUUCCGCCAUUAAAUGGCAGAAAACAACGCUUACAUUGGAUUGGAAACAUUGACAGGCAAGUUUAACUAAAGUAUAUUUUUUAUUAAAUACUCCCUUCGUUUUCAUAUGUUCUUCUCAAAUAGAAUAUACGAAUUUUAGUUUUAAACUUUGACUAUGAUUUUUCAUCGAUCUAUAUCAAAAAUAUAUUCGUGUGGGGAUUUUGAUAGAUUCGUCUCAACAUAUAUUUUCUAAAUAUCAACUUUUUAGAAUUUUUUAAAAUUCAUAUUAAAGUUAUUUGACUUUUAAAUUUGCAUUGAAAUCUGCGCAAAAAAGUAAAUAGGAAGAACAUAUGAAAACAAAGGGAGUACAAGUUAACAUUCACUGAGUAUUACAGUUAGCUUUUCUUCCUGAUUGCUUACUAUGAAUGUAAUUUUUAUGUUAAUGAUACAAUUAAUAUUUUAUCAUCUCAUAAUGAAAUCCUCAUCCGCAAGUCUCUCUUUGACCUGGUUACAUGUUUUUUUUUUGGUAGAAGAGUUACUUAUUUUUAUUGUCUGCUGACAGUUCUAUGUUUUGUCUGCUAACAGUUCUAUGUUUUGUACUCGGCUCUUUCAUAUCUUUGAUUAUUGUUCAGAACCCUUAAGUAGAUGAUUAGUAGUGUAUGCAACAGUAACUUAUCAAAUUUUAUUAUAUUGCAACUGAUAGUUACAUCUUUUCACAUAUGUCAGUAUCACUCUAUCAGUUGCAAAUAUUUUAGAAUAGACGAAAUAUUUAAUAUGAAAUGAUCCAUCAAUUCAAAACAAAGUGUUGUCUUCGUUGGUAUUAGGUAACUAUAGGAAAAUGAUCCAUCUUGUUUUCGUUGUUAUUAGGUAACCUAUAGGAAAAUGAUCCUUCAAAUGAUCAAAUAUUAUUUAUUUUCUUUGAUGUUGGUCAUUUGUUGCCUUGCAAUGAUCCAAUGAUUCGAGGAGCAUGACAUUGUUCUCUUCUCUUAUGAUGUACCUUUUUUAGUUGAAAUUUUAAAAGAUAAAAAAGUCUCAUCUCUUGUUUGUCAUGAUAGAGACUUGGAACAAAGAGAUAAAAUAAAAGUAUCAACUCAAAUACCUACUCUUUCCAAGACAUUUUUCUUGGAGACUUUCUCCCAUUUUAGUCCCAUCUCCUAUUCCCAUUUUCUUUAAACAAACAAAGACUUGAACUUAGUUUUGAGACAAAGUCUCAUUUCCUUCUUCAAAUCCAACGUGACAUGCCAAACACCCCCUAACUGUUUUAUGUUAUAAUAUGUUGCACUAUUUCCAAAAAAAUUAUGUAGUACUUCUAGUACUAGUUUAUUUAUUAGAAAUCGAUCUGGGGAAAAGUAUUAUCAAGUAUUAUUAUCAUGGUCUCCUUUAUUUAUUAGUAAUUGAACAGGGAAAGCAGAAUUCAAGUUUGGUCAAUCUCUUUUUAAAAGACUACAGGGUAUGCUGAGAAAAGAAAAUAUAUAGAUGAGAAUCAAAUUCAAUAUCUUUUUUAAAGAAAGUGGUUUUUGCUUCAACUAAGGCGAGACCCGAUUUUAAAGUUUAACCAUCUCAGAAACAAGACUACUCAAUAUACAUACCGCAAAACAAAAAAAAAUUGUUGAAUGAGAAGCUCUUUUGACCCAGCGUUGAGUUGCGCAUAUUAAACCUGCUUGCCUGUUUUUGCUCAUUUUUCCCACUUUCGAUCAAUAACUUAUCGGUUCUUGCAACUAAUCGAUGCAUAACAUCAAUCAACAACAAUACUUGUGUCUAAAUGGAGUUAAAAAUUUGCAUUGCUCGUGAAAUGAUGCACUCUUGUACCCGUACGUCAAUUCAUUACAACACCUAUGGAACUAGAAUCAAUCAUCGAAUACUCAAAAUGCUGACAUUAGAGGUUUGUUAGGUAAAUAACUAUGAUUUAUAAAUUUGAUAAAUCGUACGUAGGUGUAAGGUAUGCAUAGGUCCAUGCUUUUAAUAAUUUUAUUUUUUUUUAUAUUGAUUACUUCAUAAGUUUUUUUUAUUUUUUUUUUUGUCUUUUAUGAUGAUUUACAAAUUACCGUAAUUAACUUAGAUUUUUUAACAGACAUUAUAUUGUCAACUUAGGAAUUGCUAUGUUCAACAGAAUAGUGCAAACACAGGUUCAUUCACUGUUCUUACAUAAGGUCUUGUAGCGGGAGCAAUUACUAUAUAUUACUAUGUGUUUAAUGCAAUUUUCAUAUACCAUACCUUGUCAGCUCGAGCAGAGGUUUCGUUUAAGUGGCAGAAUUGGGUGAAAUGUUGAGAGGGCAAAGGUUGUAUUUUAAACUUGUUCAUUAUAUAAAAUUACCACUUUGAUUAUCAUCGUGAAACAGUUACGCGGUUUUCUCAAUCUAUAUUUCAAUUCAUUAAGUUAAAAAAUAUUCACAAUACAGGCUCUGUACUUUACAAUUAGAACUUGGGUUAAAAAAUUCGGGGAAAAAGUUUAAACUCUUGACCUUUCAGUUACAAAAAUUUUUGGCUUAACCCAUUAGUCUUACAUUGUCAUCUAUACAUUUUUCCUAUUUUUCUAUAAUAUAUACCUUAUAUUACUCCCUUUGCUCAUAAACAAUUUUCAGUAUUUUCUUUUUUUGUUUUUUUUACUUGGCUAUAAUUUUCUUUUAUGGAAUUGUUUCCAUUACUUUCUUUUCUUCAUAUUCACAAAUCUCAUUCUCUUUUAAUGUUAUCACAUAAUUUAAAUUAUUUUUAUCAUUUUAUCAUUUUUAUUAUUUAUCUACACAUCUAAUUCUCUUUCAAUAUCACUUUUAGUCAUUUUCAUUUAAUUGUAUGUCGGGCUAUAAUGCUAAGGAUGGAGUAUCCCAUGUUCAGUCAGGCAAAUGCUUUUACGAAUUUUUAAAAGGACAAACAGAUGAUGGAAGUGAUGUAUCCAAAUGGAGUAUAAAUUGACCAUCAUCAAUUAUCAGGGCUGCACUUAGCAGUUAGCACAACUUUCAUGUGACGCACGAUGAAAUUAUGUGAUCCGCAAAUCUACUCCCUAUGCCUCUAACACAUCAAGAAAAUUUGUAAAUAAUACUCUUAAUUAUUGUUUAUUGACUUAUAAUACCUUUAACUAUAAUUUCAUUUUGUAUACCUAAAAAUUAGAAUAUCUAACCUUGUAUACUCUUAACUGUUGCUUAUUGACUCAAAAUAUCCAAAAUAGCUAGUUGAAAACAAUGUGCAGAAUAUUUAAGAUUAAGCAUCACAAUACUUAGGGGUAUAUAAAGUUAAAUAAUAGUUUAAAGUAUUUUGAGUCGAGAAACAAUAAUUGAGAAUUGAGAUUAUUUAUUUAUAAAUUUUCCUAUUUUUUAAUGAAAAAGUUCAUAUCACUUUAUUUUAUUUUAACGUUUGUUUUUAUCAUUGUGCAAAAUCUCUUUAUCAAUAGGGAGAGAGUAUUAGUGAUGCUAGCAAUCAUUUCUCUUUGAGAAAUUUUAGUGAGAAAUGAGAAGCAUAUGCACCAUAAUUGAUCAAAUAUAAUGCGCAAUACAAAUUGUAUUUAACCCAUGUCUUCACAAAGAUUUUCUAUUCACACAAUAGUGCUGUUCUGAAAUAGAAAUAUGUGA